AUGGGCAACAGCCACAGCACCGCGCACUCGCCCCAUGCCCACGGCAGAGAGCGCGGCGGCAGAAAUUCCGCCGCCAAUGUUGCCGCCGCAGACGCUGGCAGCGCAGACGCAGGCCGCACGAGCGCGGCGGAAGAAGGACCGCCCGCCGCAGCGGAACCCGUGGGAUCGCCGGCAGAAGGCAGCGAGUCAGCGGCACGGCAGCGGGCGAGCGGCGCAGCUGAGGGGCAGCGACGGGGGCUGUCGGCGCUGACGGCGGGGCUUCUCUCCUCCGCGCGUGAGCACAGAGGCGCCUCGCGGGGGCGCGGAUGGCGCACGCAUGGCGGCACCUUGGCUCUAGGCGCCGCGCAGGCCAACGGCGCAGACGCGCAGGUGCGCGCACCCCUUGCCACCCGCCAGCCUUCCGCUGGCACUGCGGGCAGGGGAAGCGCGGGGAGACGCGGGGCAGCAGGGGCGGGCGCAGGGGCUGGCGGCACUGGGCGGUCCACCACGGCGGCUGCUGCAGCGGCGGCGGCAGCAGCUGUAGCGGCAGUGACGGCAGUGGAUGGGGAAGCGGAGGCAGGGGCUGCGGGCAGCGGCAAUGGCGCUGCUGCUGCUGCUGGCCGUGCGGCGGCCACAGGGGGAGCAGCAGGCGAGGCAGGCGGAGGCGGGGGGGGAGGGGGAGGAAGGGGCGGGGAGGCGACGGAAAGGGGGACGGGCGGAGGGGAAGGGGAGGGCGAGCAGGCAGCAAUUCAAGAACAGCGCACGCAGACGGUGCGCAGCCUGGUGAACCUGCGCAAGCACUCCGUGCACCUGCUGCCCGUGCCACGCCGCCUGCAGUCGGCGGUGCCAGGGGACCAGGGGGGACCAGGGGUUCAGGGGGAGCGAGGAGGGGGUGGCGAUGCAGCAGGGGGGAAAGAGGCAGUGAGCGAGGAGGCUGAAACAGAAGCAGCUGUGGAGGAGGGGAGAGACGAGUGUGAGAGGACCCAACAGCAUGACGGACAGCAGCAGCAGGAGAGCCUGGGAGGGAAUGAGGGUGAAGCGUCAGGGGAGUCAGCAAGGGGAGUAGAGGAGGGUGUGAGUGGGAGCGUGGUGAAGAUCCCACCCCUCUCAUACCCGGCUGAUGCCUGCUUGCCUGCGUCUGCUGCCCACCUGCCACCACCGUCAGCAUCGGCAGCAGCAUCAGGAGCAGCUGCAGCAUCGGCAGCUGGGGCAGCGCAGGAAGCAGGGGAGGGGGAUGCAGCGGCAGCAGGCGGGCAGGGAGUGGAGCACCCGUACGUCUAUGGGCUGUCGUUCAUCGCGGACUGCUCUGUGCCCUGCAAUGUGACGGUGCAUGUCAUGGCAUAUGAGAAGGACAGACACCGAAAAGACAAGCCGCCCAGGCUCAAGUCGAAGGUGACGCAGCGCGAGGCGAGUGCAGCGGGCGUGGUGGCGGGGCUGGAGCAGACCUUCUCGCUGCCGCCCUCCUGCCUGCUCGCCUUCGAUGGCUUCCAGGACGCGCAGCUGACGUCAACCAAGACGUCACCAUCGCACACAUACCCCAUUGUCAUCCGCAUCCAGACAGCGCUGCCUGCAGGUCGGUCGCAUGACCCAGCAGCACGGGCGCAGCAGCAGACGCACACCACGUAUGCCACGCUCGUCAAGCAGGCGGACAGCACGUACGGCGUGCAGGUGUUGAAGCAGGUGCUGUGGGUGGGCGGCUGCUCGUACGUGCUGCAUGAGAUCUUUGGCAUCGACGGCCCUGCCUCCUCACCCGCCCCACUGCAUGCUGCACCUGGGGAUACUGCCGAUCCCAAUGGAGGGGGGGCUAAUGUGGAGUGCGUGGUGUGUCUGGAGGACCCGCGAGACACGCUUGUGCUGCCAUGCCGCCACCUCUGUCUCUGCCUGCACUGUGCCAAGGCGCUCCGCUUCCAGUCCAACAAGUGCCCCAUAUGUCGCAGCGUCGUGCAGUCCCUGCUGCAAAUCAAGCUCUCAGCCCCACGAGUCGGGCAGGGGGAGGAGGAGCGGAAGGGGAAGAGGGUGGAGCAAGCUCAAGUAAUGGAAGGGAGGAAAGUGCAUGGGGAGAGGGAGGUGCAAGUUGGUGGGGAAGAAGAUGGGCAAGGGGUGGAGGAGAGUGAGGGAGUGAGGGAGACAGAGAGGAGUUGUACAGCUGGCACAGAGGAGAGCAUUAUGUGUGGUGGGGGUAGUGGCGUGGCUGAAGGUGGAGCGGAAAGGAUGAGGGCAGACGGACAGGAGGGGAAGGCGAGCAGAGAAGAGGGCGGAGAAGCAGGUGCGGACUACAGGGUAGUCGGUGCAGAGCAGAGGGUUUCCAUGAGCGGCAGUGGAAAAGGUGUGGAGCGAGGAGUAGACAGAAGAGAGAUGACGUGCGAAGAGGAGAGCCAAGGAGCGGGAGGAAAGGAGGCGCGCGGAAAGGAGGAAGUGAUGGUGCAGGUGGAAAGCGGGCCUGGCAGUGGGGAGUCGUAUGCAGGGCAGCAACAAGGGGUAGGAGUGGCCCACGAGGCCCGGGUUGAGGUCGGGUGCUAG